AUGAUUUCAAAAUUUGAGCGCUUGGAUCAGGCUGCCCUACUCACGUUGGCGACGAUCGCGGUGUUGAACUUUCAAUUUUCCACGUAUAACCUAAAAUUUCUAAUUCCAGCAGAGCUCUACACACAUUUUCCGGCAAUCAUUCAUCAGGAAAUUUUUCCAGCGACCAGGAUCAUUGCCAAGUUGAUUCCAGGGAUUGAGCAUUCAGCUUCUGCUCUUAGGCUACCAAAUACUGGUCAACUAUUCUGCUUUGUUGAGACUUCAGAACGGUACAUGGAUGAACGCGUACCAUCAAUUGCAUCCACGUGGCUACGGAGAUGUGACAACGGGCGGUUCUUCUCAAAAACUCCGCUUCUAAACCUCAACAUAACUUAUUCUACAGUUUAUAAAAAUCUGGAAGACUCAUAUUCCGAUUUGUUCCGAAAAUCCAUAUUCGGAUUCUAUUACUCUUAUGUGCACAUUUCAAAGUCUUUCGAUUGGUACUUAAAGGCAGAUGAUGAUACAUAUUUUGCAAUGGAUCACUUGAGGGAGUACCUGAACACUUUAGACCCUUCGAAGCCAUUAUAUCUAGGAUACGUGCUGUAACCCUAUCUUAAAAACGGUUACAACUCCGGAGGAUCCGGGUAUAUCCUUUCCAAUGCAGCAGUGAAGCUUUUUGUGGAGAAGUCGUAUCAUGAUGAAUACGGGUGUCCGUAUGAUUGGGCAGAAGAUCAUGGAAUUGGAAGGUGCCUUGCAAGAGUGGGAAUCUACCCAACUGAUACCAGAGAUGACAAAGGACUCAAUAGCUUUGUGCCGUUCAAGCCGAGUGAGCUGGCUGAAUUUGGUCCGGACUGGCACUUUUAUCCGGUAAAGGCCGUCCAAUUUGCGUCUCAAAAGUUCGUUUCUCUACAUCGACUUCCUCCGGCCAUGAUGCUUGUGCUGGACGAGAUUCUACACCCAAAACUGGGAAGAAAUGAUACUAAUCCAAUAGUUGUGAACUUGGACUCUUUCAAAUAUUGACU